UUUGAAUCCCGUAAAGUUCAGAUACAUUGCUUCAUCUUGUCAUCUACCAAACACUGCAACUAUGGCUAAAGUUCCUCGUAAUUUUCGACUUUUAGAAGAACUUGAAAAAGGCGAAAAAGGUCUUGGAGACAAUUCAUGUUCUUAUGGAUUGACAAAUGCUGAUGACAUUAGCUUGUCCGACUGGAAUGCCACCAUACUUGGCCCUGCUCAUAGUGUUCAUGAGAAUCGCAUUUAUAGCCUAAAAAUCCACUGUGAUGCUAAAUAUCCAGAUGCACCUCCUCGUGUAACUUUCGUCUCUAAAAUCAAUCUACCAGGUGUUGACGGUGAAACCGGUGAGAUCAAUCCAAACAAGAUUGGUUGCCUUCGUCAUUGGAAACGAGAUUAUACAAUGGAAACAAUUCUAUUGGAGUUGAAAAAAGAGAUGGCUUCCUCAUCGAACCGUAAAUUACCUCAACCUGCUGAAGGUAGCACUUAUGAGUAGGUGAGAAUAAAACGAUCCCGUUUCAAUGAUUCUGGAUUUCUUUUAGGAAGGAAAAAUUUUAGAUUCUAUUUGGAUGUAGGACUUUCCAUAAUGCAAAGCUUCCACAUAUUCAAUUUUCAGCAACGACCUUAGUUAUGUCUAUUAAGAUACCAUCUCAACAUCUUCAACAAUAAAUAUACUUUACCUAAAGAAUAUUCGCCUCUUUGGUUUUCUUAAGAUUUGAAUGUGAGCUCUGUGAAUGACAAACUUGUAAAUGAUAAAAUAAAGAUAUGGAUAGCAGGUAGAUAAAAAUGAAUGAGGAUUAGCAGAACGUGUCGUGGUCUUGGAAUUUUACGGUUUAUUGAAAUAUAUUUUUACUAUAGUCCGCUUCCCAAUUGCCAAACAUUCCCGGGCAAGCAUUCUUAAGCGUUUCCCAAGUCUGGCCCCGGAUAAUAUUUUCAACAGCUUGCUCAGACUGAAGCGCCAUUCGAACCUCUUCUGGUGGAGAAGUUCUUAUUUCUUGUGUUUUAGCGUAGGGAUCUAACCGUUCAGAAACCAACGGUUCUUCGGGAGAAAAUGUUGAGCUCUUCAAUGAAGGGGUAUCCUUGUGAAUUUCCUCUUCAGCAAUUGAGAUGCAUUCCUUCAAAAAUUGGUCUCUAUUUAGCCAGCUUUGAAAUAGCUCUCGUUUGACACGAUAGCAUCGCUGCUCUUGAGAUUCCCUGGCUUGGCCUGGUGAUUCCCAUUUAGCGGAAUUAAGAGACAGUUGAAUUGUAUCGUCCAUCUUCCUUGUCUUUCUUAAAACAUCUACAUAAUUACACCUGUUAGUGACUUCUGCAGAUCUGACCUUAAGUCAUAAUUCCAAAAGUAAUAUUCAUACUCUUUAAAUACCGAAUAUUCAUGCAAAGUCCUCUCUUUUCUUCACUCAUUAUUCUUGGAAAAUAAAAUCUCACUUAAACUCUAGAUGAUUUGAUUAAAGGAAUUUGUUCUGAAAAGGGAGCCUUAUUCCAGUGGUAGAAUGUAAUGAAUCGGAAGAGUACUCAGUACUUGAUUUGAGAAAAAUAAGCUGCCUGUUGUUAUAAAAGAUUCUUCCUACAAUCUAGAAGCUUACAAUUGUUAUUUGUUCUACUCUUCAUAACUUUGGCAAAGGGAAAGGCAUUGUUGAAUUUGUGAAAGGCAUAUGGUCUUGGUGUAAGAAAACGUCCAGGAUAUGCUUUUUUAUACGUUUUUUCUAUAAAACUAUUUAAAAUGAACGUCAAAAAGUAAAAUUAAAGGAUGAACGGUUGAAGCUGGAACUCGAAAAGUAUUCGUCUUUUGUUUGUUUUCCCUAUAUCUAUGGUAUAUGUAAGGAGUUGUGGAUUAUUUGGCCCUUUUUGAAUUCUUUAGAAAGCGAAAUUCCUUUUAUAGAAAUGUUGGAAUUGCGAAAAUUGGAUGCAUCUACCUUGAUGGCGAUUGGAACCAAGCAGAAAACUUCGCUUCGCUUUUCUUUCCUUUCUUUCUCUAUUGGAUUAUGUGGAUUUUAAAUUACGAGGAGACUCACGUUCAGUGCUUGGCUCACAAACCUCCGCAUGUUGUGGUAUAGUGUUGUUGCAGCUUAAAAAAACAUUGAUUUUCUGAGACUUUACAGAAAGCGAAUUAACUUUUUCAUUUUCAGACAUUGCUGUAAGAGUCCUUUCUUCGCUUGCAUCGCUCGGCAGAGUUAAUGCCACUGCAGAGGAAUCCUCAGAGAGAAAGAUCAGCGAUCGUAAACCAAUGUCAUCUUGAACACAAUUCGCUGCUGGAUUACUUUUCUUGAAAAGCCAUGCGGUUUUUGUGAAUAAGUUCUUUACGAUGCAGAGAAUCCAUAGAAAGAAUUCUUUUGGACUCAUCGAAUCGAAUGAAUACAAGGGAUAAUAAAAGACAGUAUAGUAGAUUUAUUAUAAAGGCUUAAUGUGUGAAAAUCCUUUCAAUAAGCUGACUCUCUUAUCUCUUUACCAAAUGAAGAAAUUGUGAUCUGAAUACCAGAUAUUCUUAAUGGCAUAUAUAGCCUCAAUAUAUAUAUUUUUACUUAAGAAAUCUAAAAUUCAAUCGGUUGAAUCCCGUUUGGUAGAAGCAACGACCUCUUCCCCAUUGAUUCCAACUUUGGGUAAACAAAUAAACAAAUGAUGAGGAUACACAAAUAAUUCUUCUAUGGAGUAUCAUGGCGGACGAUUCAGAUGAUGAACCCAUUAAUUAUCCUCUGUACUUUUUAUUCAUUCUUAUUUUUCAGUGUUGAAGAUUUUCAUAAUAGAUAGUCAUUGAAAUAAGCAUGCAAGCUCCAUUGUCUACUUGCAGAUUUUUACGAAUUUUGUAGCUUAGCAACAAAGCAAUAAAAAAGAGAAUAGAAAGAUUAUAAUAUUUCUAUUGACUUCGUGAGUGGACAAUUGGUAAAAUAAUUACCAAAAGUCUGCCUUCAGUAUAUCCAAAAUAUUUUCCCUAUAUCGAUUUUAAGCUCUUUAGCUCUUAAGCACGAUAAGUCUUGAAUUUGGGAAUCACAUAGAAAAACAUAUUCUGAAAGGUCAAAUCAAAUCAUUAUUCCAAAAACAUAAAGCUAUAUAUUAUGCACGUACAUUCAAUUACACUAAUUGUUUUUUUUUAAAAAAAUUACAACAGGGUUAACCGUUCACAACGGUACCGCCAUUAGGAUGGAUUGUUUGACCUGUAAUGUAACCACCGUCAGAGCAAGCAAGGAAAAGAUAACAAGAAGCAACUUCAGAAGGCUGACCCAUGCGACCCAUAGGUACUUGGUUGGAGACUUCAAUCAUCUCUGAAGGAAAAGUUGAGUGGACAAGGGGAGUAUAAAUGGGGCCAGCAGCGACAGCGUUGGCACGAAUGCCACGACUGGCAUACUGAUUACUGAGAGCCCUUGUAAAGCUAACGACUGCACCCUUAGUGGAUGUGUAAUCAGACAAGUCUGGUCGUCCAACAUAGGCAUUGAUACUAGCAGCAUUGACAAUUGCACUACCAGGCUUCAUAUGUUUAAGGGCAGCCUUGGUAAUCCAGAAGAAAGAAUAAAUAUUGGUUUUGAAGGUGUGAUCCCAUUGUUCAUCAGAUAUAUCUUCAAUUGUCUCUGCGAGUUUUUGGUAGGCAACGUUAUUUACGAGGACAUCGAUGCCUCCCAUCUUUUCGACUGCAAAUUGAACAAGGUUUGUACAGGUUUCAGAAUAACUUAAAUCGGCAACAAAGAUAUGACACUUUCGACCUUCUUUUUCAAUUAGGUCUUUAGUAUGUUCGGCAUCAGGAAGCUCUUGAUGAAAACAAGUGAUAACUACAUCACUGCCUUCACGAGCAAACAUAAUAGCAGCGGCUUUACCAAUUCCUGAGUCUCCUCCUGUGAUAAUUGAGCGCUUAUUUAGCAGCUUACCAGUGCCCACAUGUUCUCUCCCAUCACGGAAUUUCAAUAAAUCAGGCUGAGGAUCCAAAUCUUUGUGUUGGCCGGGAUAUUCUUGAGUGCUCUUCGUAGGGACAGGCUCUGUCAUAAUGGAUAAGUUAAAGGAAUUAAAUAAGUAUCCACAAAUUUCAGUUG